AUAAUGGUUAUGAAUUUUUAAAGAAUAAAAUUUUCAGUGGUGUAGCCAGACUGAUAAAAUGUUUAGUCCUUCUAUGUAGCGACAUGGAGACUGCCUUGAGCUCUAAAAAGAAAACUAAUGGUUUUAAGUUGAUGAGAUUAAUUGUUGAUGUUGGUGGAGAAGCUUUAAGAAUAACAUUGAGGAAACAACUGUCAGGUACUGAUUUAUUUUAUGUUUUAAAUGACCCCGAAAAUGCGCAACUACUUUCAAGUCUAAAGAAUAGACAAAUCCAUCCACAUCAGUGGGAUCAACUGUAUCCAGAUCCUCCAAUAUUACCAAAUGAAAAUAAGUUUGACAUUACUUUACUUUGUAUACUCCUUCGUAAUAUUUGUGGUUUAAAAUCACCUCGUGAUCCAAUAUGGACGUCAGUAAAUGACCCCACUGAUUAUUCAACUGAAGCAGAUAUUACCCGUAUCAGGUUAUUUCGUAAUGAUCGUUUUGCUCACUUACCUGACACUUCACUAAGCUUUGAUGAAUUUGAAUAUCAUUGGGCGGAAAUAAGCGAACCAUUAGUUCGUUUAGGAAUAAGUCAGGAAGAAAUAGAUAGAUUGAAAAAUGAGUUGUUUGGUAAUGAAGAAUGUGAAAGAAUUGUGAAAGAAUGGGACAAAUUCAAAUUUGAUGUACAUAAUCGUUUGUGUGUAAUUGAAAGUAAACAGGAAGAAAUGAUAAGUCAUCAGGAAGAAAUGAAACGUCACCUUGUAAGUUGUAACUUUGAAAGUGAAAUUAGACAUCAUAAUGAAAAAUUUUAG